AAUGGAUCUCUGUUAUGAGGCGAUGAAUGGAUCCUGUUGGAAAUACGUACGACCGCAUGCCAUCCACGUUCCGAUGCUCAUCGCUAUUAUGUUGAUCAUCUCAAUGACCUUCAUUGGGAAUCUACUGGUCAUCAUCUCCAUUGGACAUUUCAGGCAACUCCACACACCAACAAACCAGCUGAUUCUGUCUCUCGCCCUGUGUGACUUUCUGAUUGGGUUGUUUGUGAUGCCUCUGAGUGCUGUUCGCUCCAUGCAGGGCUGUUGGUACUUUGGCGAAUUCCUUUGUAAGUUACACACAUGCAUUGACAUCACUCUCAGCACCUCUUCCAUUUUCCAUCUUGUGAGUGUGUCUGCUGAGCGCUUUUGUGCUGUGUGUGGACCGUUAAGGUAUCGUUCCUGUUUUGGAUUGUCAACGGUGCUGUUGAUGAUCUCCAUCAGCUGGUUGAUCCCUGGAAUAUUCGCUUACGUGAUGACUUUCCUGGAGAUCAACAUCCACGGAGGCAAAGACUUCUACGAUGCUCAUGUACGCUGUGUGGGAGGAUGCCAUGUGUUUUUUAGUCACGGUCCGGCAGUGUUCACCUCUGUGUUUUCCUUCUACAUCCCUGGCUUCAUCAUUGUUGUCAUCUAUUCUCGAAUCUACAUGGUCGCCCGAAACCAGGAGAGAUCUAUUCGUCUUCAGUUAAACCAGUUGAGGCGGGUUUAUCCAUCAAGAGAUGUGCAGCUUCAGACACGCAAGGCAACUGUCACCAUUGCUAUUGUGGUUGGAGCUUUCCUGGUUUGCUGGACUCCCUUUUUUCUGUGUAAUAUCCUCAAUCCUUUUAUUGGCUACGCGACACCGCCAAUGCUGAUUGAUGUGCUUAUGUGGUUUGGCUAUGCUAAUUCCACGUUAAAUCCUUUUAUUUACGCAUUCAUGCAUUCCUGGUGUCGAAAAGCGGUAAGGAUUAUCGUAACUGGAGAAAUAUUUAAAAACAACAGCAGCAGAAAAGACUUGUACACUUAA